AUGGUGGCUCAAGAUUCUGCGUUGAUAAGUUUCCUGUCAGGAGGCGUAGGUGGUAUUGCUGCGGUAGCCGUCGGACAUCCUUUCGACUUGGUAAAGGUCAGAUUACAAACAAGCACUGCUGAGUCCAUGAAUGGUUCAGUGUUUCGAAUUAUGCAACGAACGGUUGCCUCCGAGGGCAUUCCAGGUCUAUACCGUGGUGUAAGCGCCCCGUUGUUAGCUGUGUCUCCCAUCUACGCGAUUUCCUUUUGGGGCUAUGAUAUUGGACAAAGGUUGACUAAGAUGAUGCGAAAAGAUGGAGAUGAGUCUCCAAUGAGCCUUAUUGAAAUCAGCUGCGCUGGUGGUAUAUCAGCGUUGCCGACCACAGUUGUAAUGGCUCCAACUGAGCGAUUGAAGUGUCUUCUUCAGACUUCCGGGACAAAAUAUUUAGGACUCCUUGAUUGUGCUCGUCAGGUGUAUAGCGUUGGUGGGGUUGCGAGCUUGUACAAGGGAACGGUGCUGACAUUGGCAAGGGACAUUCCUGGCAGCAUCGCGUGGUUUGGCACCUAUGAAAUAAUGAAACGAGAACUCGCUAAAUUACAGGGAGUCGAGGACCCCUCCAAGCUUUCUUCAAUUGCCAUUAUGGUUGCUGGUGGGUUUGCAGGGAUGGCUUGUUGGGGUGUGUGCAUUCCACCGGACACUCUGAAGUCAAGAUUUCAGACGUCACAUGAAGGUCAGUACAAAGGAGUAGUUGACGUCUACCGACACAUAGUACGAGAAGAAGGACACGGCGGGUUGCUCAAAGGGUUUCGCCCUGCAAUGGUGGCUCUGCCCCCCACCCUUACUGUAGAUAGCGCUCGCAAGGCUCAGCCGCUGACCUAG